AUGGCGCGGACCCGCGGUGGCGUCUUUCUCCUGCUUGGUCUUUGCUUUGCACCCCUCGCUUUCGUCCCCUCCGUCCCGGAGGAGAAGGCACCUCCAGUGCCAGUGGCUCGCCGUAGCCUUUGGACUGGAGCCUUGCUUUUGGCCUCGCCAGCGAAUGCCCAGGCACCUCAGAAGGUGCUGGUGGCCGGGGCCACUGGGCAGACUGGGCGCCGGAUUGUGGAGCGCUUAGCCAAGGAUGGGCAGACCUCAGUGGUGGGCGGUGUCCGCGAUGUCUCCAAGGCCCAGAGUGAGCUCAGCAAGUCCUCCAUCGCCAUCCGAGGGGCAAUGAUUGACGAGGUGAAGGCGGUGGACACCAAAGGGGUAGAAUUGAAGUCAUUGGAUGUGGCCAAAGACUCUGUGGACGCCUUGGCCGGCUCAUUGACCGGUGUCGACGCACUGAUCAUCGCCACGGGCUUCGUGCCGGGGAACCCCUUCGCGAUGAACGCAGAGGCCCAUGCGGUGGACAACCUGGGCACCAAGGCCUUGGUGGACGCUGCGAAGAAGUCCGGAGUGAAGAAAAUCGUCCUUGUGUCAUCCAUUCUAACCAAUGGUCGUGGCUGGGGGCAAGAGAACAGCCCGGGCUUUCAGGUCACCAAUGCCUUUGGGAAUGUCCUCGAUGAGAAGUUGGAAGCUGAGAAGUACCUUAGAGCCUCUGGUAUCGACUACACAAUUGUCAGGCCCGGCGGCUUGAAAGCGAGCGCUCCAGCAGGCGGCUUGGUGGUGUCCAAGGAAGAUACCUUGAACAGCGGAGAGAUCAGCCGAGACCUGGUGGCCGAUGUGAGCAUUGCGGCCAUUUUUGACCAGAGGGCCUCGAACAAAGUCGUUGAGAUCAUUGAGGACGAGACGAAGUCGCUGGUGGUGGAAGUGGAGCGUUUCCAAGACCUUGCUGGGAAUCCUGCAAUGGGCGCCGGAGAUUCUCUAGUCUUCCAGGUGGCAAGAGCACAGGCAGGAGGGAUUGGGAAGUUUCGCCUGCGAACUGGCAGAGAUCAGACCGUCUUCAAGUCCCGGGCAGCACAGGACACGCUGGUCUUGCUCUGCGAAGGGUUUGGCUUGAUGACGCUGGUAGAGCUACACCUUGACCCGGCGAAGUACUCGGUGAAGGAUGGGCCAUCUCGCCCACUGGUGAGGGAUGAGCUCUUUGGCCCACACCUUUUAGCGGUGGGCGACUGGAGCGACUGCCGGCACCCCGUCCCCGCGGGCGCACCGCUGUACUUCGAGCCCAUGGAACGUGGCUGGCAAGCUCCGACGUGGCGGCUCACCGAAGACUCAUGGGUUGCAGUGAUUGGGAUUGGUGUGCCGAUGACAGCACUGAGACGCGGUGCCUACAAGUUGAUGUUCGUCCUUGGCAUUCCUGCGCCGAAGAUGCGGGACGGCUACUACAUGUCACUACCAUCCAAGGCAAACGAACAAGUGGCUAAUCAUUUGUUUACUCGUUGUAAAGCUUCAGCGAAGCCUGUUUUCGCAUGUAACAUGUAUGUAUAUAUAGCCCCCCAAAAAAAACAACGUUUUCAGACAAAUUUCUUGCUUGUAUGUGAGAGUUGUCCUUGA